AUACCAUUCCCCUCCCACCCAAACCAUACUUUAUUUGAAAUUUAAAGUCGGCUCUCCUGAAGAAGUUGCGCUUGGUAGCCCCAAGCAUCGGGUUUACAAGUCUGAGUCAUCCUCUAGCACCAAUUAGAAAAAGUCACUGGUAAUCGAAUUCGCGCCGCCUGCGACCCCGGCAGGGACGGGCACCCUCGGCCGGAGCAGGCAGCUGGGACCUGGAGCCAGCCUGGCUGCGGGUGGGGGUGGGGCACUCUUCCCGCUCCCAGCCCCGCUCCGCUCUCCUCCCCCGUGGCGUCUGACGUCCCGCGCGUCGGCGGUCACGGAACGGCGCCGGGAACGAGGCCGGCGGGAGCGGGGGUGUGAAGAAAAAAAAAAUGACACUCCAAUGGGCGGCAGUUGCAACCUUUCUUUAUGCUGAAAUAGGACUCAUUUUAAUCUUCUGUCUACCUUUUAUUCCUCCUCAGAGAUGGCAAAAGAUUUUUUCACUUAACAUCUGGAGUAAAAUAGCAACUUUCUGGAACAAGGCUUUCCUUACUAUUAUAGUCCUAUUGAUUGUUCUGUUUCUAGAUACUGUGAGAGAGGUACGGAAAUAUUCCUCCGUUUCUGCCGUUGAACAGAUCUCACCCAGCCGGCCUGGUGCCCAUGAACACACCCAGAUGAAACUUUUCAGGUCACAAAGAAACCUUUACAUUUCUGGAUUCUCAUUAUUUUUGUGGCUAGUGUUGAGACGUCUGGUUACCCUUAUUACUCAGCUGGCAAAAGAACUGUCAAACAAAGGAGUACUUAAAACUCAAGCAGAAAAUACUAACGCCGCUGCCAAAAAAUUCAUGAAAGAGAACGAAAAACUAAGACGGCUCUUGAAAAACUAUAACAAGGAAGAGGAAUAUAUUUUGGAAGCAGAAAAUAAAAAACUGGUAGAAGACCAGGAAAAACUGAAAUCUGAAUUAAAGAAGACUUCAGCUGCACUUUCUAAGGCACAAGAUGACGUGAUGACAAUGAAGAUGCAAUCAGAGAGACUUUCAAAAGAAUACGACCGACUCCUACAAGAACACUCCGAACUUCAGGAUCGUUCAUGGAAAGGCAACAAGAAAGGCCUGUGAACUGUGUGAAAGAAAGUUGUGAUACAUACACCAUGUCAAGAUGCUAAAUUUGUUGUGUUAGCCUCUAGAAAAUUUAAAAUUCAGUUCAGAAAAAUGUACUAUGACCAACCAAUAUUUUUUUAAUGCCAUACAUAAGCUGUUAUCAUAAUGGCAUUAUAUACAGUAUUUGAUGAUGUUUCACAUAUAUUGUAAAGUGUGUAUUCUAGCUUUUAAGUAAAAUAUAAGCAUGUUAAACACCUUAUUAAGAUACUGAUAAUAACACUGUAUAGUGGUUGUUUACCAGUAGAAGGAAAAAUUUCAUUAGCCAGUUACUUCCAAAAUUAGAUUUUUAAGUUGUAUGAAACCAUUAAUAGCCUUAAAAGCUUUAAUCAGUUUCCACUAAUAAUAAUCUAAUUGAAUCAGAUGAUGAUAAUUAUUACGUAUAUGAAUACAGUAUACAGUAUCAGCAAAUUUGCUCAUAGGGAGAUUAAAUAAGGAUAAAUGAUCAGAAUUUGCCACCAUAUUUAUAGGGAAGAGUCAGAAAGAGCAAAAAAAUAAAAACAAUGACCUUAAUUUUUAUUUUUUUUAAGCCUGAUGACACUAUGGCUUACUCUUAUAAGACAACUCUAUUGAUAAUUAUGUUUUUGUUACUGUGCUUCUGCACCUGUUGGGCUGUUUUUGUUGACAAGUGUGUUAACACAUAAUUAAUAAGCAUUCUACCUUUUUAAAGUUCAUCUAGUAAUGGAAUUUACAUCUAUUUGUGUAACUGUCACAGCCCUGAACUGAAAUUAUUUUACAACAGUGUGGAACUCUUGACUCAAAAAGUUAAUGUACAACAUAUCCAAAAAGCAAGUGUUUCCCAUUGCUGAGAGAGUUACUGAUUAUACAAAUAUUACCUCAAAUACACAUACACUAGUGUCACAGUUUCUCUGAGAUGUUUCUAUAUUCUGAAAACUAAAUAUUAAAUGCUGUUUCUCCAUUUAAAUAUUCAGUUUCCUUUAGAAGAUGAUAAUGAUUAUAAUGUUGAUCUGGUUUUUGUUAUUCCAGUGUUUAGACCUGAAAAUCAUCUUCCUUGUCUCAUAAAGACCUAAAUAUAAAAGAAAAUGGAAAAUAAUUGCUAGAGUUUUUACUUUCCUGAUAUUUGUUUCAUCCUUUGUAGUUUACUAUCACUUUAGCACCAACUUCACUUAUAGUUACUUUUUUUCAUUGUAAAAUGAACAAGUACAUAAGAAUUUUAUUUCAGAUAAAAGUCAGGAGUUCCUGCCAGAAAACAAGACAUGUAGGAGACAUUUAAUAGGAGUAAGAAAUGAGAGUGAAACCAUGUGGGCUGACAACACCAUAAAUAACAAGGGAGGGAACUGUGCUGAAAUAGGACAGAACUGAACAAGUGACAGCUCAAAGUAUCAACUUAGAAAUAUCAAGGUAAGAGCUAUUCAGAUAAAUAUGUGUUAAUAGAUCGGGAGCGUUUGUGAUUCUGGCCUGCUGUACAGAUAUCAAGUCUAAUGAGAGAAUAACACAGAAAAGUAGAAAAUUUAGACUUUUAAACUUUAGAAUUGGUAGAACUAAAAUCUAACCCCAGCCUCACAAUAAUUUAACCAUGUGAUUUUGAACAUUAUUCAAACCUGUUACCAACUUCCAUUCCCUCCUUUCCAUAAUAGGAGUAAGAAUGCUUAGGUCAGGAUUAGUAUAUAAACUAAGAUAAUAAAACUUUGAUUCUCAAAGUUGUUCAGACUGUACAGCAAGGGGAAAGUCUGAGUACUCUUUGAAGAGCACGAGGAUUUGAAAGAUUUCCCGAGAGCACUUUAAAGGGUACAUUUACGUAACCUUGGACUUCAACCCUCAGUAACCUGAGGCCUCAGAAGUUUGAGCCAUUUUUCCCAAGGUAACAUGGAUGGUUAGAUUCAGGGCCAGGAUCUGAGUCUAGAAUUUAGGUGUUCUGGUUCCCCGGAUAUUACUCUAGUCUUUAUAAAUACAAGUUAGCUAUAAUUUGCUAAACAAAAUGUUGCCAUGUUUAGCGAAGUACUUGGGCUUCAGAGUCUGUGUACGUUACCACCAUACUGAACUGUCCUUCAAGCUAUGAGGUAUGAUCAGAAAAUACAAUGAAUGCUACUGCCAAGUGCCAUCCGACGGAAAGGCAGGGACCUUCAAUACGGGAAGCAGAGCUCAAAUCUUAGUAACUGUGACAAGUUUCAACUGGUUCGGUGCAGUCAGGU